AUGGGGAAUGAACGGGGUUUGGGUCUCCAUAUUAUUUUCCUAAGUAUUUUCUUGAGUGCAACCACGUACACUUGUUUGGGUGUUAGAAAUACGAGUGUAGUUUGCUCUGAGCGAGAGCGACUUGCUCUUCUUAAGUUCAAAGAGAGUGUCCAAGAUGACUUUGGAAUGUUGUCAUCAUGGGUUGGCAAUGAUUGUUGCAGGUGGGGAAGAAUCAAGUGUGACAGUGUCACAGGAAAUGUGGAGAGCCUUCAUCUCAGAGGAGACUCGGAAGCUGAAUUUCUUCUUAAAAACUUCUACUUAAUUGGUAAUGAGGUGAGCUCUUCUUUGGCAGAAUUGAGGCAUCUCAAAUACUUGGAUAUGAGUUGGAACAUUUUUCAAGGAAAUAUCCCUAUGUUCAUUGGAUCACUGAAACAGCUGACUUAUCUCAAUCUUUCUAAUGGUAAUUUCCAAGGUAUGAUUCCUCAUCAUAUUGGAAAUCUUUCUAAUUUAGAAGUUCUUGAUCUGAGUUCAAACCGAGAGCUGAUGGUAGAUGAUAUGGCAUGGACUUUUGGCAUGUCGUCACUCAAGCAUCUCGACUUGAGUUUCUUGAAUCUUAUUGAAGCAAAGCAUGCGGAUAUGGUGCUUUACAUGAUUCCUUCCUUAAAAGUGUUAAGUUUGCAGGCAUGUCAACUUUACUUUUCUGAUCUUGGUCAAUCUCUUAAUUCGAGUAGAAUACUUCCCAACAUCGAACACCUGGAUCUUUCCAACAAUUAUAUCAAAGGUCCACUCCCUGGCAUUUUUCAAAACAUGACAUCCCUAGCAUUCCUAGAUCUUUCAGGAUUUGAUUUUAGUUUGGCAUGGAGCUUUGCAGACUUGCUAAACAUGAUGCCAUCUUUAUCAGAGCUGCAUUUGAGAAAUUGUGGGCUUCAUAACACCCAUCUAUCUUCCCAUCAUCUCAAUUUCAGUACACUUUGUAACAUCCAGUACCUGGAUCUUAGUGGUAAUCGAAUUGAAGGCAUAUUUCCAUCUGCUUUAACAAACAUCAGUUCCCUAAGAGUCCUUGACAUUUGGGGAAACAAGUUGAAUUCAUCAGUACCCAUUAUGCCUAACCUCCUAGAGCUUGAUCUUUCUGAUAACAAGUUUAAGCAGAUUGAGCAUGUUGGAAUUUGGGGACAGUGUUACUUGAAAGAAUUGAGUAUCGCAGUCAAUCCUUUUGAUGCACAAGUGAUCGAGUCACAGAAAAACAUAUCAGAAUGCCCUGAUUAUGCUUUGGAGAUGUUAAAUUUAAUUGGUAGUUUGCAUGGUACAAUUCCGGAAUCACUUGGUAGAUUGGCCAAUUUAAGAGAAUUAGAUCUAUCGAGUUGCAGAUUGACAGGCCCAAUCCCCGAAUCUGUAACAAGGCUAAGAUUUUUAGAAGUGUUAUAUUUAUCUCAUAACCAAUUAAUAGGACCUAUUCCAACAUUCCUUGGGAGACUUUCCAAUCUUGAUCUUUCUUUUAAUCUAUUGAAUGGUCCAAUUCCAGAAUCUCUAGGAAGACAUUUUUCAUUACAAGCCAUUUCAUUGUCUUCAAAUAGGUUAAAUGGGACUAUUCCGGUGUCAGUUACACAACUUCCAAAACUCCAUUCUCUCGAUAUCUCUAACAAUUUUCUGGAAGGAGUAGUUUCUGAAAUCCAUUUUGCUAAUAUUUCGAUGUUGAAGCACUUGGAUACUUCUUCUAACACCAGGUUAACUUUCAAGGUUUCACACGGGUGGAUACCUCCAUUCCAAUUGGUUAGUUUCAGUUCUUGCAAGAUUGGAGGUGAAUUCCCGCAGUGGCUUCGGAAUCAAAGGACGCUUGUGGAGUUGACAUUGUCAAAUGCUUCAAUUUCGGGACCUCUGCCCACAUGGCUGCGCAAGAUGCCCUUCAAGUUCUUAGAUCUCUCUCAAAACAAACUCAUCGGUCCUUUGACAAACCUUCCUAAUAUGGGGAAAUUUGUGGUGUCUGGAUAUGGAUUUUACCCGAGAUUAUUUCUACAAGAUAACCUUUUCAAUGGGUCAAUUCCAAGGUCAUUGUGCAAAAGGACAGAUUUGUUCCUUCUUGAUCUUUCAAGAAAUAGGUUAACUGGAAAAAUUCCCAAAUGUCUUACGAAUCUGCAAAAGUUGGAGGGCAUGAGAUUUAGCUCAAAUAAGUUGUCUGGAGUCAUUCCUAGAUUUAUAAGUCUUUUUUCUUCAUCAUUGGAAGGGUUAAAAUUGAAUGACAAUAAGUUUAGUGGUGAACUUCCUAAAGAAUUGGGUGAUUUAGAAGGUUUAAGUAUCUUAGAUUUGAGUGAUAAUGAAUUCUUUGGAAAUAUACCAGAAUGGAUUGGACAAAAAGUUCAACAAUUGAUGUUUUUAAGGUUGCGUGGGAAUAACUUCACGGGUAGAAUUCCUCGAUCUCUGUGUAAUCUUUCAGAACUUCAAAUGUUGGAUAUCGCACACAACAAGUUAACCGGAUCCAUCCCUCGGUGUGUAGGAAGGUUGCAAUCCAUGGUAUACCAUAAUCUAGAUGGGUUUUUUGUCGGUGAGGAAUUAGAAGAGGAAUAUGUGAAUCAAGUUGUGAAAGGUGUUGAUCGUGAAUAUACAACAACUUGGCAAAUGAUUUUCAACAUGGAUCUUUCAAGCAAUCAACUUGUCGGAGGAAUACCAGUUGAGUUAACUGCUCUUUCUAUGUUGAUGGGUCUCAAUUUGUCUAAUAAUCAUCUAACUGGGUGCAUCCCGGACAGCAUUGGAAACAUGAAAUCAUUGGAAUCUCUCGACUUUUCAAAAAAUGAGUUGACUGGGAUAAUCCCUCCAAGCAUGGCAAAUUUAAACUUUUUGAGCCACUUGAAUCUGUCACACAACUACUUGUUUGGACAAAUUCCAAAAGGAAAUCAAUUGCAGACCUUUGAUGAUCCAUCAAUAUAUGUUGGGAACAAAGAUCUAUGUGGAGCUCCAUUGCCAAAGAAUUGCUCAAGCCAUGAAGAUCCAACAACGCAUGAGAAGAAAGAUGAAACGCCUGAUGGGCCGAUGAAGGUAUGGUUUUACACGGAUAUAAUGUGUGGUUUUGCAACAGGGUUUUGGGGUGUUAUUGGAGUUUUGUUUUUCAAGAAGCAGUGGAGACACAAGCUUUUUAUGUUUGCUGAGGAAAUCAUGGACAGGAUAUAUGUUGCAGUUGUGGUAAGAGUUGCCAAGAUUAAGAGAGGAAGAGAAGCCUUAUAG